UAUAGCUGGGACAGAGGCUGUGCUUGUUAGACAGUAGUGAAUUACAGUGGUGUGUUACAGGUGACAAAGAAAAGUCUAAAGAGACAUAAAAGUUGUAAGAACAAGGAAAAGAGACCUUUUGUGAUGAUACCUACAUCAGAAAACUGUGCCUUACCGCUGGCAGCUGUGGUGACCGUGCUGACCUGUGUGUUGCUGCAGGAGGCCCAGGCAGGAGUGGUGGGGGACUUCAACCAUGCUGAGCGCUGUAAGGACUCUCUGUACAUGGGCACUCCACCCCGAGGAUAUCUUGGCAACUCCUUUAAGAAGAUCUGCCAGAGGUAUGAGGAUAAACCUCGCUAUGUUACCCUAUACGACCCCCAAAAACACAUCCCCAUCUAUUCUGCGUAUACGUUCAAGAAGUCAGAUGGGGAGAAGAAGGUGGACUUCCCUUGGAUGUUUGAGCCCCAGCUGGCCUCAGAAAAGAGCAGCAGUAACAUGGAGCCCUUCCCUCAAUCUUCAAGCAUGCAUAUGAACUUUGAGGACACCCAGGCAGUCCUAGAGGACUAUGCUGAUGUGGUUCAGUAUGAACGAGGCCAGCUAAAUCCGGACGAGCAUCAGGCUGACCCUCUGGACAAAGCCUCCACUUACAGCUUGACGAACGUGGUUCCCCAGAUAAGGGAGUUCAACUUGGGUCCCUGGGCAGAACACCAGGACCUCAUCCGCAAACGUCUCAACAACUACUGUCGUGGUAAAGCCUUUGUGGUUACUGGGGUCACCACCUCAGGUCACACCAUCCGUCGCAACAACCAAGACAGGGUAGCUGUACCAGAGUAUAUGUGGUCGGCCUACUGCUGCACUGAAUUUGACCAAAAUGCACCAUAUUUUGUGCGCUACAAGUUCCCUGUGUUCGCAGCUUAUGGGCUGAAUGAUCGUGUCAACAACCACAUGGUGGAGGUUCCUCUGAAGAAUCUGGAAAAAUUUCUCAAGGGGAGGUUGGAUGUGGACAAGAACUUCCAGAUUUUCUAUAAUGACUGUGUGCCAGAUAACUGAGAUAAAGUGAGCAUGAUCUCUUAGAGGGGUGUGAGGUUCUUACAGCUAAAAAUAUACACAGAAUUAAGAUGUACUGUCACAUUAGAUGAUAUUCUAAGGAAUUAAAUGGAGAAAUUAUUGGAGUCUGUCUCUUUAAGUCCAAAUGUACAUUUAAUGAUUAUUUUCAUGAUUGCUAUACAAAUUAAUGUCUGUAAAAUGUCUACAGACAGGUGAUGUCUACAAAUUGAGUGUUUUGUCACAUCAACGGGAAUUGAUAAAGUUAUAAAGUUGAGAUUCACAUAAGACAAGGAAAAGAUGCCUGCCAUGUCUUCAUAUCUGAGAAGUUUGGAUUAAUAAAAUCAUUAUCAUUCUGGUUGAAAAUUGACUUCAAUUAAUUGUCAAAAGUCCAAUUAAAGUCUAAUAAAAUCCAGUGUCAGCUGACUAAU